CCCCUCUCAUCAGGGGCUCAGCUCGGCGCCGACGUCAUCGGGAGCGGACACCGGCGGGAGGGGGCGCGCGCGUGCGACGCUCCGUCGCCUCUUCCCCCUCCUCCUCAGAACGGUUGUGUGAGGAGGAGAGCGAGCGCAAGGCCGGCCGCCGACGCGCUAAGGUUGAUCCUCGCGGGCUUCCGUCGCUCCAGGGAGGAGGAGGAGGCCGCUUCGCAGCAGCAGCCGCCGCAGCCCUCGCCGGCCACCGUCCGCCCGCGCGAAGCUUCUCGGAGGAGCGUCUCUCCGCUGCUGCUGCUGCCCGCCCCCUCCCCGGGCUUCGUUCUCCUCAUUCCCUUUCCCCUCAGGCGAUGGAGCGGCGGGGCCGCAGGCGGCGCGGCCUCCUCGCCUUCGCCCCAGCCUGGCUGGCCGCCGUCCUGCUCCUCCUGCUGGGUCCGGCGGCGACGACCGGAGCCGGGAUUGGAGCCGGAGCCGGAGCGGCCGCCGAGGCGAAGGAGUGCGACAAGCCGUGCGCCAACGGAGGGCGCUGCCAGCCCAGCACCGGCCAGUGCGAGUGCCCGCCGGGAUGGGUCGGCGACCAGUGCCAGCACUGCGGGGGCCGCUUCCGGCUUACUGGAAGUUCGGGGUAUGUAACAGAUGGACCUGGAAACUAUAAAUACAAAACGAAAUGCACAUGGCUUAUUGUGGGAAGGCCGAACUCGAUCCUUAGGCUCCGUUUUAAUCAUUUUGCGACGGAAUGCAGCUGGGACCACUUGUACGUAUAUGAUGGGGAUUCAAUUUACGCUCCAUUACUGGCUGCUUUUAGUGGCCUGAUCGUUCCUGAGAGGGAGAGCAACGAGACGGUCCCAGAAGUUGUAGCCACCUCUGGUUAUGCUCUCCUCCAUUUCUUCAGCGAUGCGGCAUAUAACUUGACAGGAUUUAACAUCACCUACAACUUUGAUGUGUGCCCUCAUAACUGCUCUGGCAGAGGGGAGUGCAGGGCCACCAACAGCAGCAAAGUGGUUGAAUGUGAGUGUUCAGAACAUUGGAAAGGAGAAGCCUGUGACAUUCCAUUCUGCCCAGACGACUGUGGCUCCCCAGAGAGAGGGCUGUGCAAUGUGAAUGGUACCCAAGGAUGCGUUUGCAACUCAGGCUGGCAAGGUACAGACUGCUCAGUGCCUGUUCCCGCAAACCAGUCGUUCUGGACUCAGGAGGAAUUCUACACCCCCAAACUUCCUAGAGCGUCUCAUAAAGCCGUAGUCCAAGAUGAUGUCAUGUGGGUAGUUGGUGGUUACAUGUUCAACCACACGGAUGCUCAAAUGGUUUUGGCGUAUAAUCUUCUUUCCGGAGAAUGGCUGCCCCUGAACAGCAGCGUGAAUGCAGUUGUGAUCAGAUAUGGGCAUUCCCUGGACAUACACGAAAAUAAAAUCUACAUGUAUGGAGGCAAGAUAGAUGAAUCUGGAAAUGUGACCAGUGAGCUCUGGGUGUUUCAUAUUGCAAACCAGUCCUGGGUUCACGUGACCCCAAAGACCAAGGAGCAAUACGCUGUCGUUGGCCACUCAGCCCACAUUGUCACGCGGGACGACGGCACGGUUGUGAUGCUGGUCAUCUUUGGGCAUUGCCCUCUUUAUGGAUACAUCAGCAACGUGCAGGAAUACAACCUGGCCACAAAUACAUGGAAUAUUUUGCAAACAACGGGAGCCUUAGUUCAAGGAGGCUAUGGCCACAGCAGCGUGUAUGAUCCAAACACCAAGUCCAUCUACGCUCACGGAGGUUACAAGGCGUUCAGUGCCAACAAGUACAGACUAACAGACGAUUUGUACCAGUAUGAAGUCAAUAAGGGCAGGUGGACAAUUCUCAGAGACAGCAAGUUCUCCCGGUACCUGCAUUCUGCUGUGAUCAUUAGUGGGACCAUGCUGGUGUUUGGAGGAAACACCCACAAUGACACUUCUAUGAGCCAUGGGGCCAAGUGCUUUUCUUCAGAUUUCAUGGCCUAUGAUCUAGCUUGCGAUUGUUGGUCCGUGCUCCCUCAACCUGACCUCCCUCACGACGUCAACAGAUUUGGACACUCUGCUGUGCUGAGCAACAACAAUAUGUAUAUAUUUGGAGGUUUUAACAGCCUGCUGUUGAGCGACAUUGUGAAAUACACACCGGAAAGCUGCGAAGCCUACAGCAAUGCAACUUCUUGCUCGGGGGCAGGCCCUGGGCUCCGAUGUGUGUGGAACAGCUCCACCCUCCAGUGCCUCCCGUGGGAACUGGCCACAGAGCAGCAAGAGCAAAAAGUUGCCGAGGAAUGCCCUUGCUGGACAGCUGGGGACCAUGACAAAUGCGACCAGAUAACAGACUGCUACAGCUGCACGUCCAACACAAACCGGUGCCAUUGGUGCACCGACCAGUGUGUGUCGAGGAACAGCAACUGCUCAGAAGACCAGACUCCCAUUGCUGCGUUUGAAAAUUGCCCCAAGGAUAACCCUGCAUUUUACUGUAACAAGAAGACGAGCUGUAAGAGCUGCAGCCUGGAUCAGAACUGUCAGUGGGAAGGUCGGAAUCAAGAAUGCAUUGCUUUGCCUGAGAACAUCUGUGGGGCCACCUGGCACUUGGUGGGCAACUCUUGCCUGAGAGUCACACAUACGAAAGAUAGCUAUGACAAUGCGAAGUUGUACUGCCGGAGCCACAAUGCUGCUCUGGCGUCACUCACUACCCAGAAGAAGGUGGAUUUCCUUCUUAAAGAACUCCAGAAAACACAGUCAUCGCCAAAAGCCCUGACACCCUGGGUUGGGCUGCGGAAGAUCAACAUAUCGUACUGGUGCUGGGAAGACAUGUCUCCCUUCACAAACACCUCGCUCCAUUGGCUGCCUGGGGAGCCGAGCGACAUUGGGUUCUGCAGCUACUUGGCCGUGCCAAACAACCAAGGGCUGAAAGCAGCAACAUGCAUCAACCAAGUCAAUGGCAGUGUCUGCGAAAGGCCUGCCAACCACAGUGCCAAGCAGUGCCGUACCCCCUGUGGCUUGAGAACGGUGUGCAGCGAAUGUACCAGCAGCAACUCUGAGUGUAUGUGGUGCAGCAACAAGAAACAGUGUGUGGACUCCAGUGCUUAUGUGGCCUCUUUCCCUUAUGGCCAGUGCAUGGAGUGGCAUACCGUGAGCAGCUGUCCACCUGAAAACUGUUCUGGCUACUUCACUUGUGGGCACUGUUUGGAGCAGCCUGGCUGUGGCUGGUGUACGGAUCCCAGUAAUACAGGCAAGGGAAAGUGCACUGAAGGCUCUUCCAGAGGUCCAGUAAAGAUGCCACCUUCACCUCCACCAGCAACAGGAAAACCCUACCUAGAGCCUGUCCUUGAUGUUAGCAUGUGCCUGGCUGAGAACAAAUACAACUGGUCCUUUAUUCACUGUCCAGCCUGCCAGUGUAACGGGCACAGUAGAUGUGUCAACGAGAGCAUCUGCGAGAGGUGUGAGAACCUGACGACUGGCAAGCACUGUGAAACCUGCAUCUCCGGUUACUAUGGAGACCCCACAAAUGGAGGCACCUGUCAACCUUGCAAGUGCAAUGGCCAUGCUUCUAUCUGCAACGCAAACACAGGGAAGUGUUUUUGCACCACAAAAGGAAUCAAAGGAGAGGAGUGUCAGCUGUGUGAGGUCGAAAACCGAUACCAAGGCAAUCCUCUCAAAGGAACGUGCUACUACACUCUCCUCAUCGACUAUCAGUUCACCUUCAGCCUUUCGCAAGAAGAUGAUCGUUAUUACACGGCAAUCAAUUUCGUAGCGACGCCCGAAGAGCAAAACAGAGACCUGGACAUGUUUAUCAAUGCUUCUAAAAACUUCAACCUCAACAUCACGUGGUCAACGAGUUUUGCAGCUGGCACCCAGGCAGGGGAGGAGAUUCCGGUGGUUUCAAAGAGCCAAAUCAAGGAGUACAAGGACAGCUUCUCCAAUGAGAAGUUUGACUUCCGCAACAAUCCCAACAUCACUUUCUUUGUCUACGUGAGCAACUUCACCUGGCCAAUAAAGAUACAGAUUGCAUUUUCACAGCACAGUAACUUUAUGGACCUGGUACAGUUCUUUGUCACCUUUUUCAGCUGUUUCUUGUCUCUGCUCCUUGUUGCUGCUGUGGUUUGGAAGAUUAAGCAGAGCUGCUGGGCAUCACGGCGGAGAGAGCAACUGCUCCGAGAGAUGCAACAGAUGGCCAGUCGCCCCUUUGCGUCCAUCAACGUUGCCUUAGAAACGGACGAGGAGCCACCCGACCUCAUUGGAGGCAGUGUAAAGACUGUCCCCAAACCCAUAGCGUUGGAGCCCUGUUUUGGCAACAAAGCUGCUGUUCUUUCGGUAUUUGUGAGGUUGCCACGAGGCCUGGGAGGUAUCCCCCCACCAGGGCAAUCAGGUCUUGCAGUAGCUAGUGCUUUGGUGGACAUUUCACAACAAAUGCCUAUUGCCUACAAAGAGAAGUCAGGAGCGGUACGAAGUCGCAAACAGCAGCCUCCAGCCCAGCCCGGGACCUGUAUUUGAUGCAUGGACAUCUGAACUGCCUCUUUAGGGUUUUAAACACAAGGGAUUACCUGGGAGGAGGACAGAGGUGUUUUUUUCUGCAAGGUUUGUGUCGCAAAAGUACACCUCGAAGCACCGGGCGCAAUGUUUCUGGGGAGCAUCCAGCCCUUCCUGUUGGCGUUGUCUUAGUUGGCCUUGUUUUGACAUCCACUCCGUCUUAGAUUUGCCGAUCCCAUCGUGCCCACCUGGCUCCCACGUUUUUACAUCUCCCUCCCCUGUCCAGCUAAAGGCCGUUGGCUGUGAGUCCAUUAUCCGUCCGCCUCUUCUACCACUGAAGGUUGGCAGUAGGGAAAAGCCACGGGAAGACAAAGAACACUUGGCUUUUUGUAUGUGGAAAGCGCUUUGUGGUAUUUGAGUCUCUCUUCCCCCCCCCCCAACCCCUUCCUUGGUUGUACAAGAAAAGCUGCAGCACUUACAGAUAAUUUUCUGCCCUCGGCAGUUAAACCCCCAGGAUUUAAGGAGAAGCUAACUCAAUUUCCUCCAGGAACCCAGUGUUGUAAAAAAUUCUAUUUAUUUCUCUCUUAUUUAGAGCUCUGUUCCAAAUACAAUGCGUUCAUUGGGGCUGGGGUUAUGUUUGCCGCUUUAUUUUCAUCCACCUGACUGUAUUAAAUUGAGGGAUGCUGUUGAGUAUGGCUGGGUGCUACGCAGUGCAGCACAUUGCCUGGAAAAAACCCUCCCUUUUCUGGGAAGAUUAAUGUUUUUCACGUGGAUCAAUGUGGCAGAUCUGUGUGCAAGUGUUCCCAAGGUUUUAAAUAGAACCAAGGAAGCAAAGGGGGAUUUAGCAUAGCUGGCCUCUUGCGUAACUACAUUCCUCAGUUACCCUGGGCAAUCCGUGGCCUUUUCCGCACUGUACCCAGUUAACGGGUGUGGAGCAUAAAGACACUAACCUGUUUCGGGCUGAUGGAGCCGGGGUGGUUGUUGGGGGGCCGGGUGGGGUGGGGGGCUGGAAUGCUUCCUCUUUAUUGUCAUUUCGCAUCGUGCAUCUGCUUCCAUUCAAGGCAGAUGUCGCAUUGAUGCUUCCUCUUUGGGGGGCACCCCUCUCCCACACCCCUUUUUAUUUGACCUCACUUGAGAACGAACGUGGGGAAAACCACUUUCUGCAUUACAGUGGGUGUGCUCUGAAGAGUCAUCCCUUCUGUUUGAACGGCUUGCAUUGCUCGCUCCUCCUCCCCGACCCCCAGUACCUAUCAAUAAUCCUGCACACUGGGCAAGUGUACCCCUGCUUGGUGCAAGGUUAGGGUCUGAAUUACUCUGAAGCAUCCCUUUGCCAAUCUGGCGCCCUCCAGAUGUUUGGGACUACAACUCCCAUCACGCUGUCCUGGCUGGGGCUGUUGAAAGUUGUAGUCCCAAGCAUCUGGAGGGCGCCAGGUUGGCAAAAGGUGCCCCAAGGAGAGGCUGGGAGACCUGAGUGUGGCACUGGGUGGCACCCUUUGAGUGCCUUCUCAAGAAGUCGAGGUGCAGCUUCUCGGUGGCAGCUGCCUCUUGGUUGGCCCAGGGGCUGGACUGCCAUUGCAGAUUGAGAGCCACUUACAUUGCUCUGGCCUUGAUAAAUCCUGGGCAGUUAUCUGGGUUGCCCGUUGUACAUUCUGCGGAAAUCAGCAGAAACAUGGGGCUUUAUUAGCUUGGCAGCCAGAGAAGCAAGAAGUGUUGGCUUUGGCACUGAGGUCUCUCCAAAUCGAGCAGGCAUUGCAGAGUCGACAUGGGUUCGAAGUUGCUAUAACUCAGGUUUUCACUUGCUCUUAACCCCUAUUGCGUUCCCUCUGAAGAUCACUUGCAUGUGUGUUCAGAAGAGAGCAACCGGGCUUCCAAAAGGAGGGCGGGGAUAGUCAGGGCACCAUCCCAUUUUGCCCAAACUGUGUCCCACUUGCAAUGGAACCAUUGGCGUCCGCUUGACGGUGCAUGCCAUCCCAGCCCUUGGAAGGGGGUUGUGGGAGCCAGUCCAUUAGUCAUGGCAAGAGUCGCGAUGCAAUUGUACUUUUGCCGCUGAUGGAGAGCGUUCCCGUUGCCUCGCCUAUAGCAAAGGCCCCCCAUCCCUGCAGCAUUGCUUCCACUCCAGCAGCCGGGAGCCCGCGCUGACUGGAGAAACCCUUGUGCCACCCGGUCAUCUCAUCUAGGCACAAGGCACUGCUGGAUCAAGGCUGCUGUAGCCGAGGAGGAGGAGGAGGCUAGGUUUGGCCCUUAAGUGUGGCUGCUGCUCCCAAUAGCAUCCCUUCCCCCCUCUACUCCCUUUUCCUCUCUUGAAUGCAGUAAUGUAUUACAGCUGUACUUUGAGCGGACUCAUGGGGACGGGGGGGGGGGAGUGGAGAUGAGAAAGACAACGAUCCAGACUCCUUGGAGGUGCAUGCAUGCGCAUUGCGCUACUGGAAUUAGCAGCUCAUUUGCAUCUCGCAAUGAACGAACGGUGAGCGACCAAAGCUUUCUUGUUCUGGACUUUCCGGCCAGAAAUGUUGUCGUUGUGCAUAUUAAUGAACCUCUACUUCUUGAACCCUACAGAACUGGAACAAACGUACAAUUAAAAUAGCAUCUCUCUCCCCCUCCCUCCCCAAUUUGGUUUGUUGAAGCUGCACUUGAAUUGACUUGUCCUUGGGGAGAAGUGGAAGGUGGCAAAUUACCUCUCAAAGUCCAUUUUUGCGACAUUAAGGAGCGUGCCAGGUUGGGGGAGGCUGUGUGCGGUAGAAAAGAGCCUGAAUCUGCCAUUGCAAAGGGGUUGACAAGAGUCCGGGAUGAACCAAGAUCCAUUGCCCACUUCCUGCUAAGCACCCUUCUCCUGGAUCUUCCAGUUAGGAUCACAGAUCUGAAGAUCUGGGAGUGGAGGAGCUGUUCCCAUUCAGUUUGCUCCAGUAUUAUACUGCCAGUGUCGCUUCCGUUGGGACACUGAGGAGUUAGGGGAGUGGCGCUAGCAAAGUUCUCUCCCACCACCACCACUCAAGCAGAACUGGGAAUUCCAAUCCCCAAACAGAGCUGCACCACGAAAAUCACGGAAAGCCUGCAGAGUUAAUCCAACCACUGUGGACUGCAAUGCUCCCAAAAUACGAAAGUAAAAUUAUUUGCCAAAAAAAAAA